UCUAGCCAGCGUUUCCACAGCGGGGCGUCAUUACGUCUUCUCGCGCUGGCCCGUCUUGUCAGUUGUCAUCGAGAGACCGAUCCCGGCGUCAAUGCGCGAGUUGGCGACACUUUAGUCACCACUCGGACGGCUUCUACUUUAGCGGCCAAACGCUAGCCGCACAUUCCGAAGAGUUCAAUCGACGCACUUGCACAGGCUGCAAAGAGCAAAGCUGGCGACAAGAUGGCGGCCGCCAGUCACAACCCGGAGGACAACAGUGGCGUCAACAACUCCAUCUACAAGUCUUUCACCGAGAAUCCCAUCUACUUCCUGGCCAACUUGCAGGAGCUUGGUGACCCCCGCACUCGUCACUACCCUGUAGUGAUGAACCCCCUGUUCGUAUUUCCUCUCGUCGCCCUGUACGUAUACUUUGUCAAGGUGGCUGGUCCACGCUGGAUGAAAGACCGGCAGCCCUUUCGCAUCGAUGGUUUAGUGCGACUGCACAAUCUCCUCAUGGUGCUGGCCAAUGCCAAACUCUGCACUUCGCUCAUGCUAUCCGCGUACCUUCCCGGUGGCAGCUACAGCUUCUGGUGCCAGGGAAUCACUGGUCGUGUGGACGGCAGCUUCCAGGAGCUGUACAAGACCGGCUGGAUCUAUGUAGUGUUCCGAUACGUAGACUUCCUGGACACCGUGUUUUUUGUGCUCCGAAAGAAGUUCAACCAAAUAACACACCUUCACGUCAUCCACCACGUCAUGGUGACGUUGAACGUCUGGUUCUGGGUCCUCUUCGCGCCGGAGGGUCAAGUGGCGUUCGGCCUGGCGCUCAACUCGUUCGUACACGUGGUGAUGUACACCUACUACCUCCUGGCCAACAUGGGACCCUCUAUGCGGAAGUACCUGUGGUGGAAGAAGUACCUCACCACGAUGCAGAUCGUGCAGUUUGUGAUAAUAGUCGUGCACAUGUCCAUACCACUGUUCAUCGACUGCGGCUUCCCGCGGUACCUCAUAUUCAUGGGUGUAGCGCAAACGUUGCUUGUGCUGGCACUGUUCCUGAACUUCUAUAAAAAGUCCUAUAUUGAACCAGAGCGCAUGAAGGAGGCGCCAAAACUUACGGCAAGCAAUGGAGAUGCCAUCAUGCACAACCAUGAACUGAAGAAAGAUAUGUAGUUUGUUGUUCUGUUUGACUACUUUGGAAU